AUGGCUCGCAUCGGCAUCUUCCCCGCUUCUGGCGCGCUUGGCACCAGCACAUAUACCAAUCUUCUAUCUCAAGUUCCCAACAAUCAAGUCACGCUUAUUAACCGAUAUCCUGAGAAAGUGCCCAAGAAAUAUGUCGAAAAUGGGGUCACUGUUCGCCAGGCUUCUUACGAAUCCAGCGCUGAAGAUCUCGAAGCUGUCUUUGCCGGGGUCGACAUCCUCUUCUUGAUAUCCUACCCCAGUCCUGUCCACCUAUACCGCACCAAAGUUCAAACCAAGGCGCUUAAUGCGGCGCAAAAAGCUGGAGUCAAGCAUAUCUUCUAUUCUUCUCUGGCCUAUGCAUUAGUUAAUGCAGAAUCUGCGAAGGCAGUAGUCAUGGCAGCGCAUCUGGAUAGUGAAGCGCACCUGAAACAACUUGCUCGUGCCAACUCUGGACUCUCAUGGACAAGUAUCCGCGAGGGACUAUACGCCGAGUCAUUUCCGGUUUAUUCUGGGCUCCCCGGCUUUAACAACCCACCAUCCACAAUCAGAAUUCCGGAGGAUCCGAACGGGCCUGGCGUUAGUUGGGUUAGGCAAGAUGAACUGGGAGAAGGGUCUGCACGCCUGAUCGCUUCAUAUGCGAAGUCUCCAUCGACAUUUGAAUACACUAACAAGAUCGUUACCUUGUCUGGCCCAAAAUCCUGGACAUGGGCCGAGGCCGUCGAGGUUCUCUCGCGAGUAACAGGCAAGAACAUCAGCAUCGAAAAAGUCAGCCUCGAGGAGUACAAGAAUCAGCCCCAGAUGAAGGCAUACUUCGGAACCGAGGAGACGGCAAACACACUGGACUCUGCUUGGGAAGCCAUUCGUGGUGGAGAGGCAGCUGGUGUGACCACAACAUUGGCAGAGAUUCUAGGAAGGGAGCCUCAGUCUUUUGAGAAGACUAUCGAGGAGUGUGUCAAGAAGCAGGCGUCUCAAGAGUAA